UUCUUUAGUAUCGACGACGAAUUGAUUUAUCAGAAUUUCUAUAAUGAUUUUGGUCCACUGAAUCUCGCCUGCUUGUACAAGUAUUGCUGUAAAGUAAAUGAGAAGUUGAGGGACAAGGCUAACAAGCAUAAACAAAUCGUCCAUUACACGUCGCAGAAUCAACAUAAAAAAGCAAAUGCCGCCUUUCUAAUAGCAUCGUAUGCGAUUCUUUAUUUGAAAAAAACACCGGAAGAGGCAUAUAAGCCACUCGUAUGUGGGAAUUUACAUAUGCUGAAACCCUUUCAAGAUGCGUCGAUGGGCGUGUCGAUUUAUAAUAUCCAUUUAAUAGACUGUUUGAGUGCAAUUCACAAAGCCGCGGCAUUUGGAUUCUUCAAUUUCCAAGAUUUUGACGUGGCCGAGUACGAGAAGUACGAGCAAGUGAGAAAAGGAGAUUUGAAUUGGAUGGUGCCUCAAAAGUUUCUUGCUUUUGUUGGACCAAGUACGGAAGCUGGUUCCAUUUAUCAUCCACCUGAACGAUAUAUAGAUUAUUUUAUAAAAAAUGACGUUGCUGCUGUUGUCAGACUGAAUAAGAAGUCGUACGAUGCGUCUAGAUUCACAAGGGCUGGAAUAACACAUUAUGAUAUGUUUAUGCCUGAUGGAAGUGUACCGCCGAAAAAGAUACUUAAUCAAUUUUUACAGCUUGCAGAAUCAACGGACGGACCCAUUGCCGUGCACUGCAAGGCUGGUUUGGGCAGAACUGGUUCACUAAUUGCAGCCUAUUUGGUGAAGCAUUACAGAAUGACUGCAAGAGAAGCAAUUGCUUGGCUGAGAAUAUGUCGACCUGGAUCUGUCAUUGGACAUCAACAAGCCUGGCUUGAAGAUAUGGAAAGUAUACUGUGGCGUGCAGGUCAACAUUAUAGAUUAAAGUAUCAUGGAAAUGGCGACAUGAUAGCGCAUCAUAAACGAGGGAUAUAUUCGAUCGCGAUCAAAUUGGAGAGGAGUAAUUCGAAAAUUGAUAAUCCUAGGCAUCACUCUAAUGCUGAACAGAGAAUGAUUAACAAUGGAGAUUUGAAAGAGAUCGUAUCGGACCUACAUAACCGCGAAAUAAGAACGUUAAACAAAAUAAAUAAAUGCGGUUUAAAAGGAAUUUUAGGAAAGCUCCGGAAUAUCGAGGAAGAUGCAUCGACUAAUUCCGAUCAAAGAAUUCUGGGCAUUCAAAGAUGUAAACCAAAACUAAAUUCAGAAGCAUACGUCUUGACACAGGGCGAUCGAUUAAACGAAAUCAAAGUCAAUAGAAACAAAGCGCCUAUGAAUUAUUCAUUGUGUUCUAGAAGUACCUCGCCAACUCCGCCAUUGCAAAUGUUCAAGAGACUACAAAGAAAAAGAUAAUGUGCAAUUAUCAUUCAACGCAUAUCAGUAAGAAACGAAAACUCGACGAAUUCAUACACAAUAAUAAUAAAUUGUUCCUUACCAUAAAGUAUAGCGAUUCCAUACAUAAAAAAGAUUUUAUGUCAUUCACGUUAACGUAUAGAAUAACUGAAAGUAAAGUUUAUAAAGUAAUUAUGUCAUUGGAUACACUUUUCAUAAUGAUUUUUCAAAUAGGAAAGGUAUUCAAACACAGCAGAAGCUUCGUCGUGUACAAAUUUAUUUCCCAAAAAACACAAUAUUACAUGUAACGGUGCGAAUUUCU